CGAAGAAGACGGAAGGAUUUUGUUGUUAUUUUUCCUCCGAGUGAACGGUUGAGUUGAGAUGAAUAAACAUUUAUCCCUGGUUUCGGUCUGAAUGAACAUUUAUCCCUGGUUUGGUUUUAACUGAUGGGAAAAGGGAGGAGAAUAAAGAUGUUGCUCUGUGCGUUAAAGUCAUGAGAACAGGUCCAGCAGAUCAGAUUAAUGCUCCAUGAAGAGACUGGACUGUGAUUAGUCCCUGAUCAUGUCAUUGAUGGAGCUGUUCAGGGUCUGUACAAGAACUUCACUACCACUUGAGCUACCACUACCCUCAUUAAGAUGAAAGAAUUUAAUUCCCAGAUUAGAGCUGGAAGUAAAAAGUAUUCAGGGAGUAAUAAAAAUGAACCUUCACUUCUGUACAUCACUCUGGAUGAAGAUGUCUGCUGUAAAAGUCCUUGAUCUAGAUCCAGUAAACAGAAUGCAACCUACUGCAGCAAAGCACCAGAUGUGACUGAGCUAAGCUCUCACAAACACUGAUGAAUUGUUGUACUGGGUGAACACUGUUGUACAAGGAAGAACGACCUCCUGCUAGAACUGAGUUGAGAAGAUGUUCCUCUGUUUGAUCAGUAGCUCAUGCAGCUGAUGUGAUCUUCCUCAAAAACCAGUCUGUUCAUCUUUUUCCUGCGCAUGGUCUCCGUAUUGAACCUCCAGUCCAGCUUGUUGUCACAGUCUACACCAAGAUAUGUGAAGGUCCUGUCCUCUGAUACAGGCCUGAGACAUGCUGACUGUCUGAUGAUACCAGCAACUGACAUGUUAUUGUGUAUUCACACAUGUUCCCAUCAGCACCAGAGGAGAGUCUCGACAUCAGACAUCACGUUAGAGCCUGAGACUGCUGAUGGACUCAGAACUGUUUGUGGCAGUCAUCAGUCAGAUUCAUGUUCACAGAGUAAAACAGAGCUCCAGUUACACGGCCUUCAAAAGCAGCGAGAAGGAACAAAGGGAACUGUAGCUGUAUUAUGGAUCUUUUAGACUUUUCAUAAUGGAGUCAGGCGAGGUGCGGCCGAGCCCCUUCAGGACCUCCUGCUGUCAGUGCAGUGAGGAUGUGAGGACAGAAACACAGACAGAUUCAGGCAGAGGAGCAUCGGUCGACACUGUGAACCAUCGGAAACGUAUUAAACAGGAAGAAGAUUACCGCCGUGGAGGAACAUCAAGCUCCGUGGGAGACGUCACACCCGCGGAUGUCCAGAAACCCGUAAUAAAGGAAGAACCUGAAGACGAAGACUACCUCUGUGAGGGAACAUCGAGUCCCGUGGAGCAAAGCAGCCAUGUGGACGACGAGAAUGAAGAAUUUCAGAUCAUGCUUGUAAAAGAGGAAGAGUCCGAAGACGAUGGCAGCAUCUGUACAACGACAGUUUGCGAAAUGGACGACGAUCACUUGCAAGUCUUCUGUUGCUCGUGGUGUUCGCUCUCUUAUACGUCACAAACAGACCUCGAAAAACACAUCAAGAGAAGCCACACUGAUGAAUAUGAGAAAGUGGUGAUUUCAGGAGAGAUUCAGUGUGAUAAUCUGUUAUUGACAAGAAGCUCCAGAGUCCGUCAGAUAUCCUAUGAUUCAGUCACCGGUAACAGCUCUCUCGGACAAAUGCAGAAAGUCUACCGUUGUUUGGAGUGUGGGAACAGAUUUACGAACAAGAGCAACCUUAAAGCUCACCAGCGCAUUCACACCGGGGAGAAGCCGUACCAGUGCUCGCAGUGCGGGAAGAGCUUCACUCGACAGAGUUCUCUCCAGCAGCACCAGGUGGUUCACACGGGAGAGAAGCCACAUCACUGCUCGGAGUGUGGAAAGACUUUCACUCGCCAGAGUUCUCUCCAGCAACAUCGGCGCAUUCACACGGGGGAGAAGCCACAUCACUGCUCUGAGUGCGGGAAACGCUUUCCUCGCCAGAGCGAUCUCCAAAAACACCAGCGCAUUCACACUGGGGAGAAACCGUAUCAGUGCUCGCAGUGCGGGAAGAGCUUUAGUCAAAAAGGUAAUCUUCAAACACACCAGCAGAUUCACACAGAAGAGAAACCAUAUCACUGCUCGCAGUGCGGGAAGAGUUUCACCUGGCAGAGCACGUUUCAAACGCACCAGCGCAUUCACGCCAGAAAAGCCAUGUCAGUCAUCACGGUGUAAGAACUUCUAGCUGUCGGACUUCUCCACAUUAAUAUACACUACUGAAGUCACAGCUACGGGAUUUCCUGCUGCCGAUGCCAUCGAAAUAUUUAAAAAAAUGUUCUGGUGCAUUUUUUUUUAUACAUUUGAUUUGUCUCUUUGGCCCUAAAAUUCAAGUACAUUGUUAAGAGUUUUUAUUUCUGUAGUGCUCUUAUUGUCACCGAGCUGCUUUACAGAAACCCUUCACUAGUAAUUUAUGUUCCUUUUGAAUAAAUUGGGCUGCUAACUGUGA